UUUAAAUACACCUCAACAGUUCGCGAUUCGUGUUCGUCCCGUGCAUGCAGGAAAGCCAUCGUUGGCGGCGCGAGGAGCGGUGGGCGACGGCCAUUGCAUACUCAUCCACGAGCGCUGUCGACGCAGAACAGCUACGUGCUGAGCUUGCCGACCUCAACGCCCGGCUGCGCGUGGAGGUCGAAGCCAAGCGAGAGUUGCAGCGGCUCCGUGCGCGCGAUAAAGAGCGCUUUGCAGACGAGUUCGGUCAGUUUGAAGCCCGCUUGCUUCGCGCCAACGAGACACUCGAGAAGAACCGCCAGGUCGUGGAAGCGUCGUUGGUCGAGAAGGACAACUUCAUCGAGGAAUUGCAGAUACAGCUCGACAAGAAGCAGCAUGCAAUCGAUUGCUUGAAGCAAGAUCCCCGCCUUCUUCAUUCCAGUCGGCGUCGUCGUCAAGCUCAACCUCCCAUCUUCUUCGAUCAUGUUCGUUCGUGCCCCAACCUUCGAUCGAUGGAGACCUCACCUGCUGUCGCUGCAUCAGAUGAAUGGCGGUGACAGUAUGACUGGCGGUAGUGACAACGGUGUUGAAGACUCUAAAGUCCAUGAACUGGAGCUACAGAUGUCCAAGCUGUUUGUACAGCUGCAAGAAGCGCACACGAAGAACGAUGCACAAGAAGACUUGAUAGAAGGAAUGAAGGCUGCGAAUGCGAAGCUGGUGGCGUCACUCAAGAAAAUGAAGCACAAGCUCAAGGAAGCGACAGACAGUGGGGUGAAUCACAUGUUUCACGACAUGACGCGAAAGUGCAUGCGAGCGGAGGCUGAGAAGGCGGCCGUCGAAGCGACGCUGGCGGCCGCGCAGAGCGAGAUAGCCACAAGCAAAGCAAAUGCGGAAGCCUUGAGCGCACAGCUAAAGGCGGCAAAUGAACAGAUCACGGUACUUCAAGAUGAUGUCAAGGCAAGGGGCGCCGCGCAACUUGCUAUGGAGAACCAACUGCUCAAACAACAGCACUACAUCAAAGACCUCGAAGUGGACUUUAAGACGAUGGGACGAGUGGACGUGGACAAUCCAGAGAUGGAGCAUGCUCAACGCACGUUGGCCGCCAAGACGGAACAGCUCAUGGAGCUUGAAAGGAAGUGCAAAAUAUACGAACGAGAGAUUGCAGGACUUCGCCAGAAAAAAAUUCAAAGCGGGGGACCAACAGACGAAGCAUCGCCGCAGCGGCGGCCGUUGUCCCUCAUCGAUCUGGAUCACAUCCACACACAGACGCUGAAAAUUGAGAGCAAGGCUGACACCGUGUCUCGUAUGGUGACCAUGUACGCAUCGGGCGACCCGCCGCCGCCUGUCGAACAACUGCAAGCUCUGCUGCUCGACCUGGAGGACGAGGAAGGCGUCGUGUCAUGCGAUUCCCUUGCGUCUGACCAAGAAGGGAAGCAGCGCAUCCUCAUGUCCUUGAUGCAGUCGCAAGCGAUCCUCGACGGCGUCGCCCAUCAUCUCGCGCAAGGUUGCGCGCGCUUUCUUGGCUCGAAUUGUGCGUUGCAGUGAGGGUUGGACAAUUCCACACAGAGAUAAUUUAAUACAAAAUUUAAAU